UCAGUUCGAUUCAGGCAGUUGAAGUGAAAAGAUCGAAAAUGAAUAGCGCAUAUCUUCUGGCAAUCUGUGCCAGCAUUUUGCUGCUCCAACUGGAGAUGGCAGCAACGACAGCCACUGAAAGUGGACCCAGCGAGGCCCUUCAACAGUCGGCCAGGAUAAUGGGAUUGGACGAAGUGGGUUUGCGUGAGUUGUGGCGGAGCAGACAGCCGCUGGUUAUCAGGAACCUGAGUCCAACUGGAGAGCUGAUCACGGUGACCUACAAUCUGAGUCCGGAUGGCACUUCCCUUUCGAGGAGCAAGGUCACGGAGGGAUCACUUCCUGCCAGACUGGAGGAUAAUAGCCACGCGAAGCCGCAGGAAGACUGGGAGUACGUGCCCAAUCCCGAUCGUCAUGUCCGUCCGGUUCAGCAGCCCAGCUUCGGGACAACCAAUUUCGACUCUUUGUUCGGCAGCGGUUUUCCCAGAUCUCCGCUAUUUCCCGGCUGGGAGGUUCCUGCUGGGGUUACACCGCAAGUCACGACCAAAACCGAAGUGGACGGUCAAGGACGAAAGGUGACCACUACGACGAGGACUUAUAGUGGCACCCUCGAUCCAGGAACCAAUGUCUUCCGCCAGACAUUCCCCGAUGUUUCGAAGGGAUCGGGUGCCAUUAAUCCCGGCUUUGCACCGAGUCCGCCCAGUGCACUUUUCCCCUCAUCCAGAGCUGGACCCUUCGACACCAACUCGAUAUUUGUGACCCGCCAAAACGAACGCGAUCCUGUCUUCGUUCCCGUUGUGGAUUCAACCUCGACCACCCAGCGAACUUUGGUGCCCCUUCCCACGCUCUCGCCCUCAAAUAGCGACGGAAGUGACAGAACCAUAGAUGAUUUCUUGCAAAAGGUGGACCUCACUGCUUCGGACAUUGAGAACAACAACGGCGAGUUGGUCAAGACAAUCGUGGAUAGAAAUGGUCGAAUUCUGCAUGUCAAAUUUGUACUGAGCACCGUCAAGGGAAAUGGGGAGGAACUCAACCAGCAAGAACCCACCAAGUAAAUCGAAAGCUUUAAUCAAAUAAUACCGAGCUUUGUAAUACAAAAAUUACGCUGUUCAAUAAAAAAGCUUAUCAGCUGAGGCUUAGCUCACAGAUUAAA